AUGUCCCAAGACGCUAAGGAAAGUAGGGAGAUCACUCACCCUUCGAUCAAGGAUGGUUGGUUCAGAGAAAUCUCUGAAACUAUAUGUCCAGGUCAAGCAUCCACAUUGAAAGUUGAAAAGGUGUUACAUCAUGAAAAGUCUUUGUAUCAGGAUGUUUUAGUUUUCAAGUCCACUAACUUUGGUAAUGUGUUGGUUUUGGAUAAUAUGCUUCAAUGCACAGAGGCUAAUGAAUACAGUUACCACGAGAUGAUCACCAAUUUGGCGAUGAACUCUCACGCAAACCCUAAGAAGGUGUUAAUUAUUGGUGGUGGUGACGGUGGUGUUUUGAGAGAGGUUUUGAAGCACGAAUCAGUCGAAGAAGCUUGGUUGUGUGAGAUUGAUGAGGCUGUUAUCCGGGUGUCCAAGGAAUUCCUCCCAGGUAUGGCUGUGUCGUUCGCGGACCCCAGAGCCAAUCUUCACAUUGGUGAUGGUGUUGAAUUCUUGAAAAAGUAUCCCAACACUUUUGAUGUUAUCAUCACUGAUUCUUCUGAUCCAGAAGGUCCAGCUGAGGAAUUGUUUAAGAAGCCUUACUUUGAAUUGUUGAACAACUCUUUGACUUCUAAAGGUGUUAUUAGUACUCAGGCUGAAAGUGUUUGGUUGCACGAACAUAUCAUCACUGGGUUGAAGAAGGCGUGUUCUGAGAUCUUCCCAACGGUUGCUUAUGCCUCUCAAAGUGUUCCAUUCUAUCCUGCAGGUAAUAUUGGUUACAUGGUUUGUUCCAAGAACAAGGACGUAGAUGUCACCAAGCCUUUAAGAUAUCUUUCAGAGGAGGAGGAAUUCAAACGUUACCGUUUCUACAGCAAGAAGCUCCACGAAGCUUCUUUCGUGUUGCCUAUCUUUGUUAGAGAGUAUAUGGAUAAUAUUUAA